GCGGGACUCCAUCCGGGGCCGGUGCCAAACGAUCUAGUCAUCGAGCGAUCGGUACUCGAUUGCGAUCGUCUCUUCUUCGAUCAAAGAUGGCUGUUCGGGUUCCUGAGGUGUUCAGACACCAUCGGCAGGAAAACGUCUGCUUCACGCGACCCAAGUACCGAGAGGGUCGGAGGCUGAGGGCUGUCAAAGUGUACACAAUAAAUCUGGAAUCGAAGCACCUGCUAAUACAGGGAGUGCCAGCUGUGGGAGUCAUGAAGGAGUUGAUUGAACUGUUUGCAUUAUAUGGAACCAUUGAAGAAUAUUCUGUAUUGCAUGAGUACCCAGCUGAGGAAUUCACAGAAGUUUAUCACAUCAAAUACCAAAGAUUACAGAGUGCAAGAAUAGCAAAACGUAAACAGGAUGAGCAAAGUUUUUUUGGUCGUUUGCUUCAUGUAUGUUAUGCCCCAGAGUUUGAAUCAGUGGAGGAUACCAGAGAAAAACUAAAAGAGAGGAGAAGGUACAUAAUGAGGUCAACAAGCAGCAAAGAUACAGACCUAUACAAGGCAGGAAAGAGAGUCAUAAAACCAGUUCCCUUAUCACAUACUGCAAAGGAAGCUUUUUCUGAAAAACCUGAGCAUUGUGCAAGUUUGGAAUCCAACCAGAAGUGGAAUACAGAUUCCGUAUAUAGUGACCCAAUGCCAUUGCCACCACUUCAACCAGAUAAUCCAGCCACUUUUUCGACAUCAAGGGUCAGACAAGAAUAUUCUCAAAUGUCUUCUUUGUGUGGAACAUUACCAAAAGACAUUGCUAUUAGUACAGAAAACCAAUCAUAUUUUGAAUCUAAAUUACCUUGUUUUCACAACCAGUGUUUGGACAAAUCUGGUGAUUCUAAGGAUUCAUGGAGUUCAGAAAGAAAAACUUGGACCCCUAAAAUUGGGAAUUGUGUCUCCAGAUUUGUUCCCAGGACUACUCUGCUGCAAGGCAGGAAGAAAAUAAAUCAAGAAAUGAACAUUCACAUAUGUGAUGGAUUUGAUACUGACAGUACUACCGUGGUAUUAGGACCAAAGCUUCCAGAAAUGCCAAAGAUAGACUUGGGGGAUACUUCCUUAAAUAUGUCUGCAACUUUGAUCAGGAAUAAACUUACAGAGGUUUUGUCGUCUUCUACAAAAGAAGCUGAAGUAUUACAAAUAAAACCUCCAAAACAACGUCGAAGAAUCUAAAGAUGAGCUCCCUGAAAGAUGGAAGAAAAACAAUUGCCUCGCCAUUAUGUGCUAUUUCACAUGAAACGUAUUGGUUUGAUUAUUGGUAGCUCUUGCUACCAAAGCAAACGUAUCAAUGUACUUUAUGCAUAAGGUGAUUCCAGAAAGACAACAACAUUAAUCUGGAAAAUUGCUAGUUAUAAUAUUUAAGAGAGGAAAGUUACCCACAGACACUGGGAGAUCUUUUUUGAAAUAGUGCUGUGUGAUCUUUAAUGUCCACUAGAACAGUCAGAAGCAACCUCCAUUUAAUGUCACUUCAGAAGAACGGAGUUUUCCAUAGAAAUCCUUUAAUGCACUAAAGUGUUGCCUUGGCUCAUAUAUUCAAGUCUUUACACAAUACUUCAUUCUACCAAUUGCAGUGGGAGGCCAAGUCUAGGAAAUUUAGAAAGAGUAAGUUAAUAUGGAAAAUCAAAUUUGCCAGAAUAAAAGUUAAAUAUAGAUUUAGAAUGAUGACUAUAAUGAAGGAUAAAGAAAAAAGGCGAAAACACACAAACAAAAGACAGGUACAGAAAAGAGAGAGAUGUGAUUAACAAUAAAUAAAAUUAUUCAACAAUGCAAAAGCAUUUACACUCAGUGAUAGACCCCUAAGAAGAGAUUGCUUUUGUGAAGAUGAGCACACUUUAGUUUUGCAUAUGAAUAACAAAGAGCAAUCAGUUGAAAUUCACAGGAAAAGGCUUUUGAAACUUUUCACCCCCUUAAUAUUAAAUAACUUCAUAAGUAAAUGUACUCAUCAACUUUGCUUGUUUUUACUAGCUGUGUAAUUUACAUAACCAUUUCUGAAAUAAAGAUGGAUCGAUGAAAUGGUUAAAUUGCUGAUGGAAGAAAGGAAAUUAUUUAAUGCCUUCAAAAAUAUAUUAUGAUUUGCUUGUGCUGGGAUAUGAUUGAGUUGGAAUGGUGCAUUUAUUCCCCAUCCCUAGUUGACUUGCAAAUAUACCGGUGAGCAUUAUUGAAUGGCUGCAAAUGUAACGAUACUGUUGAGGUUAGAUAGGGGACUGUAGGAUAUCAACAUGGUGCAAAAGAAGGAGUUAGGAUAUGUGCCUGGUUUAGGCUUAUAUUUGGUGGUAGCAAUCACAGAAGAUUUUUGUUAAUGAUAUGUUAGCACAGUUAUGUUAUUUACACAGUUGUAAAUAUUUCAUGGAUUUGCAAUGACUUUAGUUAUAUUAGCCACACAUUCUAUUAUUCACUAUCAGCCACGAAAAUGAAACAGGCAUAUGUCUGUUACAUCGUCUGAUGCUUUUUACAUUGUUUUUGUAGCUUGUGGUUUUUUUAAUCAGAAAACAUUUGGGGUACUAAUGCAAAGAACAUAAAAGAUAACAUCAGUAAAUCAGUCCUUGUGUAUUCCUACAACGUUUUUCCUAUUUUUUGAAUUUAUUUGAAGUUAUUCCCACUUACUGUGGAGACAUUAUUUACAGCAACUAAUGCUGCAAAGCCAGCUGAAACAUACAUAAGUCUAGAUACGAGUGUUCACAGGCACCCAAAACAGCACUAAAUUUCUGUCCAUCCAGUGUGAUGUGAUUUAGUGUAAAUGAUUAUUAAUGUUUUCAAUGUAUUAGUUGCUUAGUCACUAGAACAACAUCCACUCUGCAACUUGCUUUUCAAUAAGUAAUUAAAAGUAAGCGUAAAAUAAA